AUGGGUCGAAUAGUGCAAAGUUCCAGUUCGCGGAAGGCAUCACACAUCGAUACAGCACACUGUCUGGCAGAUGCUGGUCUCGCCGAGGCGAUCUUGUCGUCGGGACGUUGCGGACAGCUUCGUCAUCCCCACGGGAAAAUAUCAAGCACGCUCAUCCACCUCACCAUGACGACCGAAAUUAUUCGGCUGACUGUCGUUUUAUGUGAAAACAUAAGUGUUUUGUGUGUGUGCCUGUGUUUGUGUGUGAUGGAGUGA